AUGUUGUUGAAAUGGUGGUUUUGGUGGUUCUUUGUCAAUAUGGUAUUUGUGAUGUAUAAGAACUGCUACCAUAACUAUUUCAUUUUGUUGUAAUUUUGUAUUGAAAGAAGUUCGUAUAUUUAAUGUUGUCAUCACUAACGGUGGCAAUGUUUGAAAGUCGGAGAAAACAGAUAUAUUCUCCAUCUUCAUACAAUUUACCUAUACAAUUAUAUUAUAAAUGAUUAAUUACGUAAUAUAUUUAUAACAAUAAAUAUAACUGUUAUACCUUUAUUUUGCACCAACUAGUUUGUACACCAGUAGGUAAUGGACACUUAACAUCUAACCAACAUGGUCCCUUAAUAUUUCUUUCAAUUAGAAAUAACUCUAAAGAAUUUAUUGUUGUUCCAAAAACACGUUCUAUUGACGGUCCAGAAUAAUUAGAGGGUACAGGUGGAUAACUUGUAGAAUAUCUUACUUCCAAAUAAUCCGAUUUUGCUGGAGUACCUUCUUGUUCAAAAGCAUAAUUUUUGGAAACUUUGCUGCUACGGAAUUCCUUUAUUCCUAACUUGUUUGCAAAUUGAUUAAAUUCUUUAUAUACAUCUUCUAUCGUAUUUAGUCGUUCUUUCUCAUCAUUUUCUGUCGAUUUUAUCUAAAAUUUACAUUGGUAUAAUUAUUUUAUUAAUGUCAAAGAAAAAUUAAUAAUUGAUAGAUGAUAUGUAAAAAUUGCUAAUAAUAUUAAAAUUAAAAUAAACCCUAAUAGACAUACAUAUACUCUAGGAAGAAGAUAAAUUCUUCGUGGAAUAUUUUUUACUGUUAAACAGCAAGAACGAUAUUCUUUUAUUGAGGGUACAAAAACUUUUCCAAAUAAAUAUACAACCCCAGGUUGUUUAUAUGGAUCUUCAUAUGCAUCCCACCAAUAAAAUCUGAAUACUUCUUCGUUAUUUGCAUUAGUUACAAGUGGUAAAGACACUUCUGUAGUAUCAGUAGAUACUUCAAUAUUUGAUAUUUGUGUUUCAAAUCCAAUGUCUAAUGUUGCAUUAAAAUUUUCCAAAUCAAAGUUUUUUUUCUCAACAUCUUUCAUUUUCAUUUGAGUGCUUGAUUUGUUUUCCUUAUUUUCUUUAUUGAUAAGUGACACUGAUUUUUCAUUCUGAUUAACAUUGUCAUUUUCAAAAUCUAUAGAGAACUGUAAUAAAUAUAAUAUAGUCUAAAUACUAUUUCAAAAUAUGAUUAAGUAAUAGAACUUACAUCUCCAACAAAUUGACUAAGAUCUUCAGUUUCUGUUUCAAUUAUUUGACUGCUGCUUGUUUCUUUACUCUCCUCUGACUGCAGACUCAAUGUUGUGAUUUCUGAAUUAUUAGUAUCAUCUAUAAUUAUUUGACUACUAUUUUCAUUUGAAGUAAUGUUCUCUAUUUGGGACAUUGAUUCCAUUUGUUUGUGCAUGUUUACCUUUUCUGGUUUAUCAAACAUUAUCAAAGUAUCAUCAUCAUCAUCAUCAUAUUGUAUUUUUUCACAUUCAGAAAUUGAUUCCAACUUUUCUUCUACAGUUCUGAAAAUUAUAAUUAUUAUAUAAAAAUUAUUAUAUAAAAACUAUAUUAGAUAUAUUAAAACACAAAUAUUUAAAUAUAUAAAAAAAUUAGUUACUUUUCACUUAAUUUUGGCGUAGUACAAAAUUUAUUUUUAAUAGAUCUUGAUUUCAAUUGCUUUGGCGUAUCAUCUUUUUUCAACUCAGACAUUAAAUCUCCCAAAAUAUUAUCAUCAUUCAAUUUAGCACCAGUUUUCUUUUUGGAAGACAUAUUUAUUAACAUAUUUUGAAUGUUUCCUUUCUUUUUAGCAUCAUCUUUUUUACUUUUUCUAGGACCCACAACUUUAUGCUUUCUUGCUUCUUGUAUACUUUUAUCAUCCAAGUCAUCGUCAAAAAUUUCUCUACCAUCUUCAAUAUAACCACUUUCUCCUUUUGCAACAAAGAAUUGUUUUGUAAUAGUUAUCCAAAGAAAAACAAAAAAAUUAAUUUGCUAUUUAGGUUUAUUACUACAAUAAGAGUUUUAAAGUUAUUACCAUCAUCAACAAUCCAAUCAUCAUUUUGCCUUUCUAUCACAGUUUUAGUAUACUCUUUCUCAUCGACUUCUUCAUAAACAUUUUCUAAUUCAUCUAUUUCAUACUUAUGUUUACUACCUUUUAAUUGCUUCAAUUUUUCUAAAGCUGACAACCUUCCAGUUUUAUCAAUCUUCUGGCGUUUAGUUCUACCUGCUAAAUUUAUGAAUAACACAAUUUAAUAAACCUUUAUAAAUUUAAUUUUAUAUUGAAAUUUUAUUCGUAAUUUUUUUAUAAUAAUAUUUUUGAACAACGAAGCCAUAUUUAAUAUAUUUAAUAAGCAUUUGAGAACAGAACAAAUUCAAAUUUAAUUGAUAAUUAAACGAUAGAAGUAAUGAAAUACAAGUCCAAUUUUAAAAUCGUAGAAAUAAAGUUAAAAUAUAAUCGGAAACGCUUACAUUGUGUGUCACUCAUAUUUUUCGAAAAUAAAUUCUUGGUGUGGAAUGUUAAAAAGAGUCGUAAUACAGUUCAAUUUAGAUUCUAGACAACAAAGUCAAAGAACAUUCGCACAUGGAAGAAAAUAAAAACGCCUGAACGAGAAUUUAAUGGCAGAAAAUUGUCACUUUUGGCGGGAGUUACAUUGAAAUCGAUAAAUUCCUAGUUAUCGAUUACUCUCGAUUGGCACAAUUGCAACUUUCGUAUAGGGCAUUUAUUGUCAACUUCACGUGACGAGUUUGUGUUCAACGAUCGAAAAGUUGCAAGAAGGUAAUUAUUCGAGCAUUAAAAGAGGUGUUCCUUUUCUUUUUGCACGCAAAACAAUUUAUUGCAAUAGUUACUAUUAAUAAACAUAGUUUAUGGUACAUAAUUACUUUUAGUUCGUUAUUAUUACACGACGUUUAAGUUGUACGUCUUUUGUGUCGUCAUUGUACAGUACUUUAAAAUUAUCAAACAUAUGCAGUUUAUUGCUACAAUCACCAGGCUAUUUAUCAUUAUAAAUUAAUAAAGAUAAGAAGUUCUCAAACUUUCGUUCUUUACAGUGAAAUAUAAAUUUGCAUUUUCUUCUUUUUUUCCAUUUAUUACGUUUUAUUUUUAAUUUUCCGUAGUAAGAAUAUAAAAUAAGUCAUAUAAAUUAUUUAUUAUAUUUUGUAAGUUAACAAAUUUAGUAAAAAAAAGAAUGUGAAAAAGUACAGGUCUGAAUUUUGUUUUUAAUUAUUUUAGUUAUAAUGUCAAAAGCACAUAGUCCUACUGUUUUUAAUGGAGAGGCUGACAAUUUUUAUGACCCAAAUUUUACUUUGGACAUUAACAAAAGGAUGCGUGUACCAAAAAGCAUUCGUGUAAGUGGCGACUACACGGAUGAAGAAAUAGCAGAUACAAAUGGUUCUGGAUGGAAUCAGGUGGUUGCAGCAGAGAAAUUCGAAAUGCAUGUUCCAGAUAGAAUUUUGGUUGUUGACUCCACCAAGGAUUUUGACAUUGGAUAACCAUUAUUUUCCGGCAGCUGAUGAAGAACUAAAUUCAUACUCAACAGAAACUAAGGAAUCAGUAGUAUCUAAACCACAAUAUUCUACAGAAACACAAAUAGUUAGGCAUGCUAGAGAACAAACACCCUUAUAUAACGCACUUAAUGUUUCUCUUCCACCUAAUGAAGAGAUACAACAUUUACGUCGACAAGUAGGAAAAUUAAAUCGUCGAGUAAUGGCUAUCGAACUCGAAAUGUUGCAACGUCAACAAAGAGAAAAAAUCAUAUAUGCGUUAACAUUGACGUAUUUAAUUCUUAAAGCUUUCUCAUGGUUAACAAGAAACUGA